AUGAGUAUGAUCGGUGUUGAAGGCAGCCAGGUUGCGACACAGGCCUCUACUGAUGAACUGCCUCUCCUCGGCUCUGCUUACUGGUGGUACCACUCGAGUUUAUAUCCUUUCCAUACGCUAUCUAAGAAUAAGAUUCGAGAAGAUUUUACCUCAUCGGGCCUAACGCAAACAAGUACUGCUGACAUCUUGUCGCACGCAUUGAGUAUUUUCACGCACACAAACCCACAGAUAAGAGUCUUGGAGAUGGGAACCGGGGCUGAUACAGUUACUCGGCGCCUUCUGGCCCUCCUCCGGCCUGGCAAAGGACAGCAACUAUUUUCCAAAUACACUUAUUUAUCAUUGUCACCCGAGACUUGCCAGCAGGCUAAAGAGGCUCUCGCAGACAUAGAUGGUAUUGAGUUUGGAACGCUGGAUCCCGUGGACAGUGGUUACUCUCUUGAGUUAGAGCUUGGGUCGUACGAUCUUAUUAUUAGCAACGAUACCUUUCGCCUCUCGGAAAGGAUUUACAAUGCCUUUGGUCUUCUCAAAGACUUACUCCGCCCCACAGGAGCUCUCAUCUUGCUUGAAUUACUCCAAGAUGACGAGUCUCUGUCCUCUUUCAAGUGUCUUCCGAAUGAGCCAGUUUCAGAGGGUUUGAGUGAAAGUGUAGGUUUCACAGGGGGUGAAACGGAAUUCCGUUCGUCAAUAACAAAUAACAGUAAAUUGGUUCUAAUCGAUGGUUCAUGA